AUGGCCGCGCCGGAAGUCAAGACGCCUCCCAUCCGGGACAUCUCGUCGGUCCACGAGGACCCGGAAACCAACGUCCUCUUCCAAAAGAACGUCUCGAUCCCGCUCAAGGCCUCCAGCCUACCCAUCCGUGCUAAUGUCUACCUCCCCCUCUCGCACAAGAGCAACCCGGGCGAGAAGUACCCCGUCCUGGUGACAUACGGGCCCUACGGCAAGGACAUCCCAUACGAGACCUUCUUCAAGGGCUCCUUCAGCCAGGUCAAUCCGGAGCACCGCUCCAAGUACUCGGCCUGGGAGACGCCCGAUCCCGUCUACUGGACGAGCCAUGGCUACGCCAUCGUCCGCGCCGACGAGCGCGGGCUGGGCCAGUCGCCGGGCCUGCUCGACACCAUGAGCCGCGGCACGAGCGAGUGCUUCUUCGACGUCGUCGAGUGGGCCGCCGAGCAGCCCUGGUCGAGCGGCAAGGUCGGCCUGCUGGGCAUCUCGUACUACGCCGGCUCCCAGUGGCGCGUCGCCGCCCGCCGCCCCAAGGGCCUGGCCGCCAUCAUCCCCUGGGAGGGCAUGUCCGACUACUACCGCGACCGCUGCCGCCACGGCGGCAUCCUGAGCAACCGCUUCAUCGGCUUCUGGUGGAACAGGCAGGUCCUCGUCAACCAGUACGGGCUGCCCGGCCGCUCCAAGCUGACCUUCCCGCCCGACGGGCCCGGCGCGAGGGGCCAGGAGGACACCAUUGAGGGCGACCUGCCCGAGGACGUCCUGGUCGCCAACAGGCAGGACCAGACCAAGGACAACGAGGCCAACUCGUUCCGCGACGACGACUACUACGCGAGCAAGGAGUACAAGCUCGAGGACAUCGAGGUGCCGCUGCUGAGUGUCGCAAACUGGGGCGGGAUCCUGCUGCACUUGCGCGGCAACGUGCAAGGAUACCUGCAUGCUGGGUCAAAGUUCAAGUAUCUCCGCUUCAUCACCGGGCGCCACGACCUCCCAUUCUACUACAAAGAGGAGGUCGAGCUGCAGAAGAGCUUCCUGGACGCCUUCCUGAAGGGCGAUGACCGCGUGGGCUGGAGCGUGCCAGGCAAGGUCGCGCCCGUCACGGUGACCCUGCGCAAGGGCAACGUUGGCUUCAACGACGCCGAGAAGGAGAAGGCAUACCCCAAGAGGGAAGAGACUGCCUGGCCGCUGCCCAGCACGCAGUACACCAACUACUACCUCACCCCUGACCAAGGCCUGACAACGAGCAAGCCCGCUUCCGAGAAGAAGCAGCUGUCGUACAAGGCCCUUGGCACGUUGGACAACCCUGAGCUCUUCCAGUUCACCACCCCACCCUUCGAGCAGGAGACCGAGAUCACUGGCCACCCUGUCGCUCACUUGAACGUUUCAGUGACACCCGAGAACGCUGGAGGCGAGACGGACAUUGAUAUCUUCGUCACAAUCCGACACAUCGACCCCUCUGGGCAAGAGGUCUUCUAUACAGGCACAGCUGGCGACGGAGUCCCGCUCGUCAAGGGAUGGCUCCGGGCCAGCCUGCGCAAGGUCCACGACGAAAACCCCAAGCACAAGGCUUGGCUGCCUCACCGCGAGUACCUCUCGACCGAUGUGCAGCCUGUCAAGGCUGGCGAGGUGUACCCCGUCGACAUCGAGAUCUGGCCCACCAACGUGGUUGUAGACAAAGGAGGGAAGCUCGUCUUCGAGGUCUCCAGUGGUGACACCCAGGGAGCAGCCGUCUUCCAGCACAACUCCCAAGUCGAUCGCCCUGCUUCAAAAUUCGCCGGACAGAACCAUAUCCACUUUGGGGACGGCCUUGAGAAUUACGUUACUCUCCCAGUGAUCCCCUCCAAAUAG